AUGUGCCUUCUUGUUUAUUUAUCAUAACCGGUAUGCCAAAUGAACCGCGAUAUUAGUGUUUCUGCAUUCAGCUCAGCGCAUGGUUUUCUGGAAUUGUUAAAUAUCUAUUUUUCGACUGUAACUGUGCUACCUUGAGUAACUCCAACAUCUAUAUUUUUUAAUGGCUUCAAACGUAAUGAUACGACUUGCUUCAGACAGAGUGAACCUAUCGCUCUUGUCUGGGGAUAAUAAUCCACGGCUUUUCACACCCGGAGAAGUGAUCACAGCGCAACAAGGAUAUAUGCGAGGACAUGGUACCUACAUGGAAGAUGAAGAUAUCAAAUCGUCGGUAGCUGGUGUAAUGGUUCAAGUCAAUAAAUUAAUCACUGUCAAACCUUUGAAAGGCCGUUACGUUGGUGAAAUCGGCGACGUGAUAGUAGCACGGGUUAUCGACGUGCAGCAAAAACGAUGGAAGGUGGACACAAAUUCUAGGCUUGAUUCGAUUCUUUUGCUGUCUUCCGUCAAUUUGCCCGGAGGAGAGCUACGUCGACGGGGCGUCGAAGACGAGCAACAGAUGCGUAAAUAUCUGCAAGAGGGAGACCUCAUUUCAGCUGAAGUACAAAAUGUACAUUCUGAUGGAGUGUUAUCGCUACAUACCAGAAGUUUGAAAUAUGGCAAAUUGAGUCAAGGAAUUUUGGUCAAAGUUUUUCCUUCACUGAUUAAGCGAAGAAAAACACAUUUUCACAAUCUGCCGUGCGGUGCAUCAAUUAUUUUGGGAAACAAUGGUUUUAUUUGGAUUUCGCCUAUGCUCAGCACUGAUGGCGAAGAAGGAGGUGGUUUUACGCAAAACCUGGAUGAGUCGGUUUCGAAGCAAGACCGGGAAGUGAUCUCACGACUGAGGAAUUGCAUUUUAGCGCUGGCCAAUUGUAAAAUGCUGCUCUACGAUACGAGUAUCCUCUAUGCGUACGAAGAAUCGUUGAAAUACGAGGUACACGAACUGUUACACCAAGAAGCAAUGUUCGAUAUAGCUUUUUUGACACAGCAUAAAUUAAGACUACAAGAGUAAAUGAAUUAUUGCUACGUUUUGAA